AUGUCGCGUCACCUCUUCUCGGUGUUCGAUGUCACACGGCAGGACUCCGUCAUCCCUGGGCAUUGUCAACCUGAAGCCGCUAAGGCCGGGGCCGUUCAAAGUGUUGGUCGCGUGAUCGAGAAGGCGUACAAGGCUGAGGCCCUCAACAUUGCCGUCCAGGACGGUGUUGCUGCUGGCCAGUCUGUGCCCCAUGUUCACGUGCAUAUUAUCCCGCGAACAUCAAAAGACUUCGGAGGCGACACUGACCGCGUGUACCCGGCGUUGGAGAAGAGCGAGAAGGAGCUAAAGGGCGAUCUGAAGGAUCAGGCGGAGGGCAAGACUCCCGAGACAAUCGCCGAAGCCGCCAACCGUGUCGCCUCGAGCGCGAGGGGAGAACGCGACGAUCCCGAGACGCACCGCGAAGCCGCGAUCGCCGCUGCUCGCAAGAAGCGGGAAACGGAGGGAUGGCAGGUGCCCCGCGACGAAGACCGGAAACCGAGAAGCCAGGAGGAGAUGCAGAAGGAGGCGGACUGGCUCCGUGGACUCAUGGCGCAGGCGACCGCCCUCCCGAACUAG